AUGACUCAUAUGAGAGUCGUUGUGACUCUGGAAUUUAGCGAAGCAAAGGAGAUCUUCGAAAACUUCUUCCUUCCCGUACUGGUGGCGCACAUCGCCGAUGAAACAAAUCGCUACGCUGCCAAGAAACCAAAGCGUCAAACGCCAAGUCCAAGUCACAUGAGGGAAUGGUUCGAUACUACACCAGAUGAGAUGUCGGUGUUCCUGGCCAUGAUAAUCAUCAUGGGAAUAAUGCCCAAGCCGGACUUGAAACUCUACUGGACGAGAAACCCCGUAUUUGAGAUUCCGUUCUUUCCCAACACCAUGCACCGUGACCGAUUCAUGGCCUUGCUGUCCAAUCUGCACUUCACCGACAACAGUCAGGCAGAUACAAGGGAUCGCCUCUACAAGGUCCGCCCGGUAAUAGAUACACUGACUGAGAACUUCAAAUCAGUCUUCCUUCCCGACAACCGUAUAUCCACGGACGAGUCACUGUGGAAGUUCAAGGAGAGAUUGAAGUUCAAACAAUUCAACCCCAUAGCGCGCCAGAUUUGGCAUCAAGGUAUACAGAGUCUGCCAAAGCACGGGAGCUGCCGCCGGAUAUACCUGGAACUUGAAAAUAUACACGGGGCAAGACAAGAGUGA